GUGUGUGUGUGUGUGUGUCGUGUUGCAGUGUGUGUCACAGGAUUACUGCCCACCUACGGUCCUCUGGUGUUGCAUCAGUUGCAUGUCUUGAUUAAGGCUGCUGCUUAAAUUAGGCUGCCGGCAUGGGGGCUCCCCUUAAUCUGGACGUUUACUGGACCGUGCAUCAGGCGCUGAUGUGUGAGGGAAGAUGGCUGUAUCAGACUCUGAACAAUGAUGUGUCUGGCACACAGUGUUUGCACGUGGAUUGUUGUCUGGAGUGCAGGCAGAACAGCAGGGAACAUUGUUGGUCGUUGGUUUUUCUGAGACUGAAUAUGUUGAUGGCACACUUAAUUGUCCAGGACCAAAGGGUUAAAAAAUGGUUGUUUGUCUAUUAGGAGACUCCCUGCUUAAGCACUUAGUUUAGUUAUCUAAGUGCUUCUCUAAGUUUAGUUAUCUUUUUUUCUCCAUGUUUUGAAAGCCUGUGCACAGGAAAAGCCAAGAGUUCUUGGAAAGGGGAGCAGGUGGAGGCCUAGUCGGCUGUCACAGAUUAGAAAUGUUCAUCAGAAGUACGUUAAAACUGGCUUAACCUCCUCUCUAAUGGGCUUUGUUUCCAGUGUGGGAACAGCAGAUUCAGGACUACCUGAUCUGUUGUCAUAAAGCAGACUGUAAAUAUCCUCGUCUUAUUGUGUGUGUUUUGCGUUGACACCGUGGUUUAAUCCACUGUGUGAAAACUGAUCUGUGCUUUUGGCCUAUCACCUCAAACAUAAAGCCGUGCGUUUCCAGCACCCUCUGUUUACACUAUAUACUGCCUGCAUUUUAGGGAUCAACGGAAUCAAACGCUUCCUUUCUCCCUCUGCCUGCUCUAAAGAGAAUGCUCCCUAGUCUGCAGCAGAGCUGCUGAUGGGAAACCGUCACAGUCACACCCUGACCGAGAGUUCCUCACAGUUCUAAUUCACCUGCUGCAGGAAAGUGGAGCAUUCAUGAAUCCAGGCGCUCACAGAUGUAGGCCUCCGUUACAGCUCUGAGCAGGGCGUCUUUGCUACAUCUGUUUCAUCAUUUUUUCAAAAUCAAUAAUGUCUUAUUCAAUCAAGCUGACGUUCUAGAAGCCAAAUAUUUGAAAAUGUAAUUUGAAGGAAAGCAGCCAAAUCUAUCUUGUGAUACAGUUCAUCGGUCACAUGUUGAUCCCUGGAGCUGCUCUGUAUUUUCUCACUCAGUAAUAGUUUGUAAAUCUGAAGCAAAGGGCGCUACAUGUCCUGAAAAUAAAAAGAGAUGCACGGUUGCGUUGAAGCCGAUGCUCCGUGCUGCUCAGAUUAAAACCAGGACGUCUGCGAUGGAAACUGUUCUUCUGUUACUUGUAUCGUGAACUCCCCACCCACGCAGAAUGGAGGCUGUUCCUGAGCGCAGGCCCCUUCUGUCUUCAUCUCUGCCUGCUGCCACGCUCAAAGCCCCGUGGUGGAACGGAGCUUUAGACGUCCUCCAUUGCCGCCUCUCUCACGCCGCUGCCCUCCUGUCCCUCGCAGGUCCGUGGUGCUGGCCGAAGGACCGUGUAAGCGCGGCCUGUAAAGACACUCCACCGUGGAGCCCCCGCAGCCCCCCAGGCUCCUCCACCAUGGCUCUGCUGGCCUCCCUGAAGAGCCUGUUCAUCCUGCAGCUGCUGAUGGGCUUUGUGUUCGUGGUGAGCGGCCUCAUCAUAAACUUCAUUCAGCUGUGCACCUGCGUCCUCUGGCCGGUCAACAGGCAGCUCUACCGCAGGGUCAACUGCCGGCUCUCCUACUCCCUCUGGAGCCAGCUGGUGAUGCUGCUAGAGUGGUGGUCAGGCACUGACUGCACCCUAUACACCGACCAGGCUACGGUGGACAACUUUGGCAAGGAACACGUCAUCAUUAUCCUCAACCAUAACUUUGAAAUCGACUUCCUGUGUGGCUGGACCAUGUGCGAGAGAUACGGCGUCUUAGGGAGUUCGAAAGUGCUGGCCAAACAUGAGCUGCUGAAGGUUCCUCUCAUUGGCUGGACCUGGUACUUUCUAGAAAUCGUUUUCUGCAAAAGAAAGUGGGAGGAGGACCGAGACACCGUCUUCUCUGGCCUGUCCAGACUUAAAGACUAUCCUGAAUUUAUAACCAAGGGAUUCACCACCACGAUGCAGUGUCUUAAGGGCACAGUGACUGCUGUAUAUGAUGUGACUCUUAAUUUCCAAGACAAGCAAACUCCCACCCUCCUGGGCAUCGUCAAUGGCAAGAAAUACAAAGCUGACCUGCAUAUCAGGCGGUACACUGUGGAUGAAAUACCAGAUAAUGAGCAGGAGUGUGCCACCUGGCUGCAUAAACUCUACCAGGAGAAAGAUGCCUUACAAGAAACGUACAAUAAGACAGGCAAGUUCCCUGGACCCACCAUUAUCCCACCUCGCCGCCCAUGGACACUGCUCAACUUCCUGUUUUGGGCCGCCAUCCUGCUUUCGCCUCUGAUCAACUUUGCAUGCGGAGUGGUUGUCAGCGGCUCCCCCCUCCUGAUCAUCGGCUUCACCAUCUUCCUCAUCAUAGCCUCCGUAGCUAUCCGCCGUCUCAUCGGGGUCACCGAGGUAAACAAAACGGGCUCCAGUUACGGCAACCAGGAGGCCAAGAAAGAAAACUAAACUGUGUUAAACCCCCUCCCGCGUCCGGCUGUCUCCACACGGCCACCCGGCAGUGUCUCCCCCCUACCCAGCUCCAUUCUCCUCCUACUGUCGGUGGGUCAGGGAGGAGACCCACCUGUGAAAACAUAACUGACACCAGAGUGAAAAAUCCUAACGGCACUAGAGGCAGAGAGAAUGACGGAGGGUGCGGAGUCGAACCGCUCCGGUGUAUCACAGAAUAUGAGGGGGUGAUGCAGCACUGCGAUCCUCGAAUCUUUCUUAGUUCCCCCCCCCCCACCCCUCCAUUCAAGUCCCGCUGAAUCUCAGUAACAACCCCAGGUUAAGCUCUUAACAUGUCUGAGGUCACAUGGACCGCCAUUCAGCCCACUUUUUUUGAGCUACGACACCUUCCUCCACUUCCUGUCAGUCCUCAGCCAAUCAGAAAGUGGGGACACAGUCCAGUCUAUAUUUGAUCUCUUCCAAUCUCUCCCCCCCCCAUAAACCAGUCGUCAGCACGCAGGACGUCUCCUGCCUUUUCGCACUUAGAGGGACUUGUAAUGGAA